AUGCAUUCACACUCGUUUGUCAACUACCUUCCUAUCCUGCUCGCUUUCAUUGUUGCUGCCGUUGCCGCACCCGGACCAGGCUUGCCUCCCAAAUACCCCACGAAAUGCUUCACAUCGAUCGUCAUGAAGCCGUCCCGAGGCCCUCAGACUAAAUGGUCAGCAUUGACUACCUCUUGCAUCUCGACCAAUACAGUGACUAGCACCAUCACUCCCAGCACGACCUCAACGAUCACGGACACUACCACUGUGACUUCGACGGCAUCAACGUCUACCUUUACCGCGACUGAAACAAUAACCUCAACGUUAACUGACACUUCCGUGACUACCUCGGUCUCAACUUCCACCUCAACUACGGAGACCGUCUCGACAUCACUUAUUACAACGUCACUUAGUUUCUUGCCAGUUGAAAUAACGGUCCCGGGUGCAUCUUUUGACCAAGACAGUGGCUCGAUUAAGAGAGAUCAGUUGCUCUACCACCACAACAACCUUCACGACAACAGCUUCGACAAGAAAGUUCAGCACAACAAUCACGAGCACGUCGACAUUUACGACAACACCGGGAGUAAGCACCACAGUUACGAGUACCGAUACUACGACAACUACCUCGAUCAGUACAGAAACGUCUACUACAGUCACUAUCGUUACAUCUUUCACUUCGACCACUUCGGCCUAUGCCGCUUGUGCAACCAAUAA